ACCUUCACGCGGAGCCCAUCGGAAAUCGAGGCGGGGCUGCUGGGUCUUCCAGGAGCGCCCAGACGCGGGCAGGUGGCCGCCGGUGGCCACAGGCCUGGGCAGGAUGGCAGCGGCCACAAAGCGGGCGCUUCCACGUCUGCAGGCUCUGGCCCGGCCGCCGCCACCCAUAAGCUACGAGGAGGAGCUUUAUGACUGCCUGGACUACUACUACCUGCGCGACUUCCCGGCCUGCGGGGCCGGGCGCAGCAAGGGCCGGACUCGGCGCGAGCAGGCGCUACGCACCAACUGGCCUGCACCUGGCGGGCACCAGCGCAAGGUCGCGCAGAAGCUCCUCAAUGGCCAGCGCAAGCGCCGCCAGCGCCAGCUGCAACCCGGGCUGCGCACUCGCCUCACCUGAGCCUGGGAUACCGAAGGACCUGUUCGAAGUAUUUACUGUAACUCCAACUGUAACUUGGUUCUGAGGAGGAGAAAAUCCAUGUUUGGUCAACAGAACUUUUCGCUGUCACUUAAGUUUACUGCUUCGAUAUCUUUUCAUUACUAAUUGAUUGUUAAUUAAGUAGUGCCCAAGUGGAUUAGGCUUUUUAGAGUUUAUUAAUUAAAAGAGAGCAGCAAGAAUGCCA